AGGAAAAACUGAAUCACCGUUUCAAAUCUCUCUCUCUCUCUCUCGUCCCAUUUUAUUAAGAGAAGAGCAGUGAUUCGUGAAAAUUUCUCUCUCUCUCUCUCUCUCUCUCUCUCUCUCUCAUCUUCUUCUCUCUAUCUUUCUUUCUCUCCUCCGCUACCAGCCAUGGCAGCAGCUCUGGAGUGCUGGUCGAGCCGGACGAGCACGGAUGAGGACAUAGUGGAGCAAGUUCUGAUGCGAACUAACGAUAGAUCAGAAUGCCUGCCGGAGAAUAACUCUUCCUCCGCCUCAUCGUCCUCCUCCUCUUCCUCCGCCGCCGCCGCCGUACGCGACUCCUCCGCCUUCCAGAAGCGGUUCCAGAGGCUGAGCCGCAACGUGUCGGAGGCGAUUGCCUCCUUGAAGAACACUCUAAACCUAGAUUCUGCUCGCGAGAUGCCGGCCUCGUCGCCGGCGACCUGCCGGAGGCAAGUGUGGGGGAGUGUGGUGCGGAGCCUGACGCAGUUGUACCCUGGCAGCCAGCUUCCUGAGAAAUUGGUGUCGAAUCUGAGGAAGCAUUACGAUUCUCUGCCGCUCAGCUAUGCGCAAGCUGGUUUUGAGAUGAAGGAUGUGUUUCUGCACAUCAAGUUGAUUGAGCAAGCGGCGGCGGAAGACAAUCCGGCGAUUAUCAUUCAGGAGGUUUCCGAUGAAGAUACGAGCGCUGAUGGCGCUGCUUUCAAGCUCACGUUUGCAUGUAACUCCGCAAUUUCGUGGCCGGCGAUGUCCGGAGCGCUCGACAGCUCGUCGAUUUGCUGCAAAAAGCUGCAGAUCUUUGAGAAGAAGGGGUGCACUUUGGGGAUUGUUGUGCUGAUUGUUCAAACAGGGCAGGAGAAAAUGUUCAAAACUCGGAUCGAGAAUGCACUUAGAUUAGCCUCGAAGAAGCCUAAAAACAACCCGAUUAAGCUCCCUUUCGGCCUCUGUGGAUGCCAAGAGGAGAGCACUAGGGGGAAAGAAUUUGGGGAGAUCGAAGAGGAUUGUGGUGGUGAUGGGAGUAACCGGAGUGGAGGAGAGAAUUCGGACUCGAAACUUCAGUUAGAGUUGCCACUACCUGAUGAUUCGAUUGUUGUUUCUGUGGAUGAAUGGCAGACUGUGGUUUCUGGCCGUGAUGAGAUCGGGAGGUGGUUUCUUAACUACGAUGCAGUUGAGAUUGGCGAUCAGGCUGGGCCGGGCACGUUCAAGGGGGUGUAUAAGGGCAAGAAAGUUAGGAUCGAGAAGCUCAAGGGGUGUGACAAGGGAAAUGCCUAUGAGUUUGAGUGUAGGAAGGAUUUGUUGGAGUUGAUGACAUGUGGGCACAAGAACAUCCUGCAGUUUCAUGGAGUUUGUGUAGACGAUAAUCACGGUUUGUGCAUCGUGACUAAGUUGAUGGAAGGAGGAACUGCCCAUGACUUGAUUAUGAAGAGCAAGAAGAUUCAGAUCAAAGAGAUUAUACGCAUUGUCAGUGAUGUUGCUGAGGGAAUUAAGUUCAUGAAUGAUCAUGGAAUCGCGUAUAGAGACUUGAAUACACAGAGGAUCUUGUUAGAUAAACGCGGGAAUGCUUGCUUGGGUGAUAUGGGAAUAGUCUCUGCCUGCAAGAGUGUUGGUGAGGCAAUGGAGUAUGAAACUGAUGGUUAUAGGUGGCUUGCUCCGGAGAUAAUUGCUGGCGAUCCAGAAAACGUGACAGAAACAUGGAUGAGUAAUGCAUAUAGUUUUGGGAUGGUGAUAUGGGCGAUGGUGACUGGUGAGAUAGCAUACUCUGCUUAUUCACCGGUGCAGGCUGCAGUCGGGAUAGCCGCGUGCGGGCUUAGGCCCGACAUCCCUGACUCCUGUCCGCAGCUCCUCCGGUCACUGAUGCUCAAAUGCUGGAACAACUGCCCCUCAAAACGUCCACAGUUCUCAGACAUCAUAUCAACCCUAUCGCGCUUCAACAACAACACCGUGAAUACAUCCAAGUAGAGUAAGUCUCUCGGGUGAAUCCCACACGCUCUUGUACUAAACAAAGCUCAAAAAAAGAAAUCGCCCAAACAUAAAUGAAAAUACUUUGACAAAAUCACAAUACAGACAUGAUUGUAGGCAUUGUGAGCUACUUUAUGGACCAGAUGUUUGAUUUUGAAAAGGAGUUAUAUGUUUAGGUUUUGAUUUAUUA